CGUUUUAAUAAACAAAAGUUAAUAAUUUAAUGAAAAAUUGAUCUCCUGAAUAAAUGCUGCAUCUGUUCUGGACGGUCCUCGUGUACAGUCACAUUCUCAGGGACUGGAUUCGUUACGUCUCCUCUGACCCCACUCCACGUUGGUACCAUGGAUUGUGAUGUUUUACAGAUUUUAUAGAAUGUAACGACAACGUCCGGAGAAACAAUAGAUUCUUGUGUCAGGACUAUAGUGGAUAUGCGUCAGACAAUUGGUGAAGCUGCCAAAAUGACAACCCCUGUUACUCGCAAAUUGCAAACUCCAAAAUCCAAAUUAUCCCAUGUUAAAUCUGCUGUAAUGAAUUUGAAUUUGAAUCCAGUUGAUUUUUUUCCUUGCGUUUAUACUCAACGUCGUCAAUCUGUGAACCACGAAUGUAACUGCUCCAUUUUCAAAUAUACUUUCAAUAUUAUAAUAUUUGCUGCCGUCAUAGUUGGGCUUGUUUAUGUAAAUAACACCAAUUCUUUAUUGGAACCGUACACUACCUUCAUACAGUCGUAUACAUGUGGAUGUGACUCUUUUUUAAAACAGAAUAAGCAGCAAAUUAAGGAAUAUACAACCAAAUCCUCUGAAGGAACUUCAGAAAGUAUGUGGCAAUCUUGCGAAGGAAUCAAUACCGAAACUCAAACCUCCCUCAAUGAUUUUUGCAAUAAAAAAAACCAGGAAAUAAAUUUAAAACAGAAGCUAAAUUUAAUUUCUGAAGAAUUGGCAAAAUUAAAGUCGGAUAUGAUGGAAUUACAGGCGUUAAAGAAUCAGCUAGAAGAUAGCAUUUCAAUUCAAUCUGUUUCAAUGGAAGAUGUCGAGAAAAAGAUUGAAUCGGUUCUUCGCACACGUCAAACAGAUGAUAUUGGAAUCUUUGAUUAUGCAUCAUUAGACGCUGGUAGUUCCAUUUUGGACAUACCACACACUCAUCCUUGCCCCACUAACAAAUCGCACUCAUACCUGUUUGGUGUUAUAAAGAAACCGUUAUAUUCGAAGCCGGGGAACAUGUUGACACCAGUUAACACUAUUGAAAAUUGCUUUUGUUUCAUUGGUUCUGUUGGAAGGAUUCAAAUCGGUUUAUCAAAACAGAUUACAGUAGCAGCGGUGACUAUUGAUCAUGCAGCUUUUGCUCUAAAACAACAACCUGACGCUGCUCCCAAGAAUUUUGUUAUAUAUGGAAUACGAAACUGGAAAACUAAAGAGUCCACAUUUUUGGGGAAAUUCGAGUUUAAAGUAGAAGAGAAUAGCAGUCACAUUCAAACAUUUGCCAUAGAUCCAUCCUUGCAUGAUUUGUACAAAUAUGUAGAGUUAAAUAUAUUGAGCAACCAUGGCAAUCCUAAUUACACUUGUAUAUACAGAUUUAGGGUUCAUGACUUAUUACCACCAAGUGUACGUCAUUAACGUUAUACAUUUAUAUAAUUAUUAUAUUUAUAGGUUUAUUUUAUAUAAUUUAGGAAUAAAGCAAACAAAUAAUUUUUAA